AGGACGAGGCAGGGGCGGCUACCAUCGUGGGAGAGGAAGAAAGGAACAUUAUCGAGGCAGGAGGGUAAUGAUGUACAAAACAAGCAGGAGGAGGAGGCUGGCAAGUUCUCCAGGCGGAAGCUGGAGUCCAACUGGGACCGAUAUGAGGAGGAGGAGAAGGCGCAGCUAAAGGAGGAGGGGCCCAUGCAGAAAGGGAUGGACUACCACGUCCUGCUGGGCUCUGCAGGUGAUGCCUUCACUCAGUUCCGUUUCUCUGAAGAGAAGGAUUGGGAGGUGGAGUCUUCAGCCACCAAUCAGGUUUCUGCUGUGCUGGUGGACCUCCAGGUCCUGGCAUGGUACCUCCAGGCACUCCCCCUGCACCUAAGGCUGAACCUGGAGGAGGAGCUUGUCCAGCUGACAGCCCCAGUGGAGCUUCCCAUGGUGAUCCCGAAGCCUAAACAGAAGUCAUGUCUGAUUGAUCAGUUUAGGCCUCCCUCUUCCCAAAGUCCAAGUUUCUCCAUUCCUAUGAAGCCUGUAUUAGGUGGGGCUCCACUUAGCCCCAAGCCCCUCCUGGCCUCCAGCACAGCAGAGCCUGCAGUAGAUGACCUCGACCAGGAGCUGGACUUGCUCCUCAGCCUACAGGCUCCUGUCACUGAUGCAUCUGAGGCACCACCCACCUGUGCCCCUGAGGAGGAACUGUCUCACCCAGACACAUUAACCCAGGAAGAGGACCCCAAGGUGGUACUGCCAGAGGUUGACUUAGAGAGGCCGGGGGAAGUGCCUUCAGAGGCAGAGGCGACGAGGCCGGUGGCAACGGAAGAUGAACUGGAGGACUGGCUGGACAGUAUGAUCUCCUGACCCCAGGGGCCAGACAGAGAGGCAAGGGAUUGGGACUCACCCAGUAGGGGAGAAAGUGCACUGCCUGUGUCGCACCCAUGCCAUGCCCUCACACACUCUUAAGGCAAAAGACAUAAGCAUCAUCUUCCAUGUAGGCAGUCAGCUUUGUGAGGUGGAGUCAAGUGCCAUCUAAUGCAGCCAUAGGGACAGAAAACAAGCCGGUUACAGGCCAUAACUUUCAAUGAC